GCUGUCUAUGGGACUACCAGCUGUGAGGUGAUUGGCUCUUGUAAAGCUUCGUGCAGUGGGAAUGUGAUUGAUCUUUCAAUCAUCCUUGGAAACUCUUUACCUUUGCAAGUAAUUGAUCUAGCUGAUGGGAACAAGAGCAAAGAAAGCCUCUUUUUCUUGGCCCCCUGUCAAGGCUAUCACUGUGGCAUGGAGAGUGCAGAGGCAGCCAUUUGUCAAGAGAUUUCAAAUGAUUUUAUAAGCUGUGGGUUACUCAACGAAACAAGUUGGCGUUUUGAAACACUCUUUCCAUAUCGGUUUACUGUCACAUUCACGGGUGGCGAUGGUAGAAGGAUGUCAACUAUCAAGUUUGAGGAAAAUUUGUCCUUGAAUAGCCUUAACUCAAGCUACCUUGAUGAAUACCCAGACAAUCAUUAUAACUUUAAAGUGACUGGCCCUUGCAUACGUCCAGGGUCUUGCACUAGCUCAUCCAAUUAUGCUGGAAUGAUAGGAUUUAUCAUAAUCACAUUGUUUCUCAUUGUGGUUGUGUUGUACUUGGGCAUUGGGUCAAUUGUGAUGUAUUGCAGAGGAGCAAGGAGGAUUGAACUAAUACCACACAUCUCCUUUUGGAGACAAUUCCCACAACUUGUCAAGGAAGGUUGUUUGUAUGCAACAGGACCUUGUUGCUGUUGGGAGAAGACUGACUAUAAUGAACUACCUGAUGUCAAAAUUGUCAAUGUUGCUUUGUGAUAUUGGACUUUCAACAAUGGAUGAAAAUACACUGUUAUCACAAUCAAGAACACAUUUGUCACAAUUAAUUCUCUCUGUAUCAUAUUGAUUAAUCCUUUCCAGUGAAUGUAUUGUAUUGUAUUGUAGGAAUUUUUAGUAGAUUUAUUCAUCAAACUGUUGGAGCACACGUGUAUUCACGUGUGUUGCAAUCUAAGGGCGUGGUCUUAGGAUUGUUUUAUUGCUUAGAUCAGGGAAAAUGUCCAUUGUCCUCCCCCUCGUCUUUGUCUGUGCUUCUGUCGUUGGAGUCUCUGCAAUUUGUGACAAGGACCAAGAUGAUGGCUGUAGAGUUACCUGUGAUGGAACAGUACUGGACAUAUCUAACCUUUUAUCCUACCCGUACAAGAUUACAGUGGAUGAUAACAAUGUGGGGGAAUAUUUCACAUAUAGUCCGUGUAAUGGAUUUGAUUGUGGCUCAAUUGAUGGCAGCCUUAUCUGUCUGAAUCGAGACGAUUCACAUAAGGACAGUUGUGGGACAUUUGCCUCAUCGUGGGUAAUCACUAAAACUAAUCCCCUGACUUUUAGUAUUCUCUAUGCAUGUCAAUUAGGACAAGAUUGCACGAGCUCAUUCUUCACGUUUACUCAAACUGAUGAUGAAGAAACAAAGGUUGUCUAUAAGUCACAAGAAGAUGGUGCAUAUCAAUUUCAAGUGACUGGGAAAUGUGUUGGACAAAUAAAUUGUGUUAAUGAACCAUCUGAUGGCCACAAGAAGAAGAGUGUUAUUGGCCCUGCUGGACUGGUCCUUAUGAUCUUGUUUUUUGCUGCUUUGUUGAUCUAUUUCAUAGCUGGUGCUUUAGUAAUGAAAUAUCACAAACAAGCAACAGGGAAGGAACUUAUUCCAAACUACCUUUUCUGGUCAGAACUACCAUUUCUUGUUAAAGAUGGCUGUUUAUUUGUUAUUUCUCCUUGCCGCAAAAGAAAAGGCUAUGAAGCACUAUGAAACAAUUGUAACACAUACAUCAUCAGUAUCAUUAUUACUAUCAUUAUUAUUUAUAUUUUUAUAUAAAAUAUUUUUGUUGCUAUUAUUUAUUGUAGACACUACUCUGAUACUCUAAUUAUUCUAUACAGCAGAGAGUAGCAUUGUCUAUGUUACUCUUUACUGUAUACUAAAUUAUGAUCAUGUGAUAUAUUUAUACUAUCAUCAGUUUUCAGCCAUACAA